AGGGAAAGAAUGGUGGAAAACAUUUAGCAGCAGUUGGCGUGCAGUCCAUGCAUGCAUUUCAGAAUAAAUUAAAGGCGUUCUCACAGUACUUGAAGGGCUACUUAAGACUUCACAGAAUCCCUGAACAGUAAAUCCAAGUAAAUCCUAGGCCUUCAGGUGUCUCUGCAACGGGCUGCAGAUGCGUGGAGAGGAAUGUAAUAAACUAGAGCUUUUCCUGAGAAUUAUCAGCAACUACCUGGGGAGCUUCUUGAAGAUCUGCUACCUGACCAAUUACAUUUGUAUUGAUGGAGAUCAGAUGGGAUUAAUACCUAAAACUACUGAUGAACACAGGUUGUUGAAAGCUUAAUGCUUUCAGCUCUUCUGCACCAGCUAUUGAAGCCUAUGGGAGAUUAUCUAGAAAUUGUGGCUCAGAACAUUAGUAUGUAUUUACAGGAGAAUUAUGGCAGCAGUUUCCACUCUCUCCACAGAACUGGAAGUAGAAUGCAGAGCUUUUUGUUCACCACUGCACCAUCAUCAGAGGGACAGAAAGACCUGCAGUUCUUAAAAGCAAUGUGUGAGUUUGCUCAAGAGAUCUAUUAGCUACAGCUCAGCCAUUCAUGCUUGGCCCUCAAAUAUUUCUGUGUGUCUGCUAUUGAGAUAGUGAAGGGCUGUGUUCCCAUAGCACAAAUGGGAUACGUAUAAUUUCUGCUACACACAAUCCUAAUACUGUGGCAUUUCCAAGGUCUUUUAUAAGCUGGAAUCAGUCCUGUGUAAGUUAAAUGUAACUGUUCAUGCAGAUGCAUAAGCAUACAAAGAUCUACUUCUUUAGAAGAUUAAAUUUAGCCUAGACUUUCAGUAAGCAGAGAAGCCCUAAUGCAGAGAUGUAACCAAAGAAAUAGCUUUGACCUUUUUACAGACCAGAGAGAUCUUCUGGAUAAAAUGGAUCUAUCCUAAUUAGGUCUUAUACACACCAAGCAUGAAAAUUACUCUCCUCAGCCAGCAGAGGAAUGCAAUGAAAGACAGGAGCUGCUCUAUUCUGCCCUGGGACAUGAAAUAGCAAAAAGAAAAUGGUAGAAGCCUUGUCUUACUGAAAAACAGUGAAGAAAAAUCAAGAAGGCUACUCUAAGAAGUAAUAAUAUAUGACUGAUGUGGGCACCACAUGAAAAAUGGAGUGUGUAUAAAUGAAUCUGUGUGUAAGCCAGUGGUGAUGCCAGGGGAUUCUUGUGUUUAAACUUGUAGCUGGUGAAUGCAAAAUGCUUUCCAAAACCACAUUGUGAGGGCUGACUGUCAAAACUAUAGCUCACUUCUUAACAGUUAUAGUACGUCAGCCAGGGGAAAAAAAAAAGUAUUUUUAACAUCAUAUGUUCCUCACAGUAAACAAACUUAUCCUGGUACUUCUCUCUGCUGUCCACCUUGAUGAAACGUUGUUUGUUUUUUUUCCCUAGACAAUGACUUUGGAAAUACCAUCCAUAUCUGAGAUGGUACAGUUUUGCUUAUUGCAUCAAACAAAAAACCCAUCUUCCUCCUUAAAGGAAAGGCUGUGAAUGGGUUUAACGGUACCUCUGGUACUGAAUGAUUUAAACCCCAUUUUUCUGUUUUGAUUUUCAUGCUUCAAAAUAGCUUUUGCACAUCUGUGAAUCUGCUUUCCUUCAAAUCCCUGUAAAUUUCUUUUCCCCACACCUACGAAAGGGGACAAAUAUCAGGAUGUCAGUACACUGUAAGUACUUCCUAUAUUGCUAGUUUUUAUUGUCUUGCCAAUUUCUUUCGGCUGUGUUUCCCUUUCUCUCUCUCCCAUCUUAUAUAAUAAGCUCUCUGGAGCAGGAAAUCUCCUUCCAAUUGUAUGUUCAUUCAUAAACUAACAUACUGAAACCCUGGCAUACGAUUAUGAAUUACGGACAUGGGUACAUUAAUAAAAUAAUUACCUGUGCAACUUAGCCUGAUGUGAAACAGGUCUUGAUGCUAUGAAGGCUAUGUAAAGGGAUCUAUGAUCAAAUAAGAUUAGGAAAGUAUAAGCAAGAUCUCUGAAAAUCUAAUUGACGUGUUUUGCCUAAUAUGCUUUAGCGUCUUGUAGUCUGAAGAGGUGCUCUACUGCCGUUUGUAGAAGUCAAAGAUCUAAAUUCAGUCUUACAUCACAGAAAUUGAGCCACCUGCAUCUGAGCUGCGUAUCUAUGCCUUGGUCAUGGGACUUGCUUAUAGGCAACUUUGCUGCUUUUCCCUGUGUUGUCUCAGAUGUGACAUCAAAAGGGUAAGAAGUAGCCCAGCAGCAUUCUAGUGUCGUGGAUGUUCAGAUGGCUCACUCCAUGAAUUACAGUCAUGAGGAGUGGGCUUUUCCAAGUCCUGUUGUGGGUACUGGUAAGGCAGUGGAAUAAACGUAGUGGUGGUCUUUUCAUGCACACACAAAUUGUUCUUGGGAAGUGCAACAGUAAUUUCACACUCCCCCAGGAUACAUAGAAUCUGCCCUUGGGAAUAGAGACACAAAAUUCUUGCUAACUUUCUGAAUUCAGAAUACUCUAGAACAUGGAAGAUAGGUACUGUAUGUAUGAAGGAGAUGUAUUAGAAAAGGUAUUCCCAGAUUAGUCUUGCCUAAAUGAAUCUUCAUAGCUUAGUAACAAAGUAUAAUGCCUACGUUACUCAGAGUUAGUUGCAGUUAAUAUAAUCCUUUUGAUGUAGGAAAUAAUGUCUGUCCAAUCUCCAAAAGAAAGACAUUUUCCCUUUAACUUGGCUGUAUUGGUCAUAGUACAUAGUUAUAGUGCUUGGUGUGAGCUAAUUUCUUCUGGAACACACACCCAUAUGCAAAAAAAAAAAGAAAAAAAAAAAAAAGCAUAUGGCAACUGAACUGAAAGCCAAAGAAAUAAGCGUUUCUGAGGGCUUCUGACUCAAGUUAGUUGUAUAGUGGUUUUUUAACGCUUUUAAGCCACACCACAAUGCAUUUCAGAGUCAUUGCAACUGCAGUUCAAAACUCAAAGUAGGAAAAUAAUAAACUGUGAAUGGGUUAGAAAAGUGCUCCACUCAUGCCAAGAAUUUUAGGGGUGAGAUUCACAUUUUGCUUGCUUUUUUCUCCUCCAUCAGCAUGAGAGACUGCAUUCUAUAACAUCCAUGCUUAUUUUGUAUUGAAGAACUCUGUAGAGACUUAUCUCUGUUCUAGGUAAUGAGAAAGUCAUUUUAUCAUCUUCUCUGGGGUAAGGAGGUUUUGGAUAUAGUAUCUUAAAUACUGUUACAGGUUUGACACUUGCAAGCCUUAGCUUUCCAGGCAGUGUAUUUAGCACUAUCAACAAAAGCAGGUUUCUACCUCUGCCAGGCAGUUUCUCAUAGUGCUGUUAGUCAGGUUGUGCUGAAUGAGCCACAUUGGAGGAAAAAAAAAAUUGCAUGGUGAAAGGACUGUAUUAUGGCUCCGCUAUACACCAGGUUAUAACAAAGAUACAAAAUCAAAAAGCUACAAAGAUGAAUUAAAUUUAAAAUAGUUUUUGAGGAUUUAUUAUAAACACUUACACACUUUAGAAGGCCUCUGGCACUAAAAAGCCCCAUUGCCUAUCCUCUAACUAAAUUAAAUUCAUUUCCAUUAGAAUUCAGCAGAUGCAGCAGCCCUGUUUUCAUUCCCAGGGGGUGCUUUCUCCUUGGUAGCAAUGCCAGAUACCCUUUUGCUUUUUUAAUGUCUGACUGUUAGGCAGCAAUCCAGAAGGCAACAAUAAUAUUGAGAGAAAAGGAGAGGCUUAUUGUAAAUAGCAGUUAAAAAAAAAAAAGAGGAAAAGGUUCAAGCGACCAUUGGUUAAAGCAGUUUCUUAAUGGUCUUCCUAGCUAAAAAGAAAAAGGGAGAUCUGCCACCCUGAAAAACACAGUGCACAAUUCUCAAAGUUGAGCCUGAUGGAGCAGUCAUUGCAAAAGGAUACAAAAUAGUCAAAAUGAAAUUGGAAAUGAGGAGAGGUAGCAGAUGUAGUAGUUGAAAUCGAGUUAUUUCCUGUAUCCAUGAGUACAGUAAAAUAUUUCUUCUCAGUAAACAAAAAUUACUUUGGAUUCAGCCCUAUAGGAACUCUACAGUCACUGAUGAGAGUUUUAAUACAGUUAAUUAGUUGGAUUUUCCAAAUGAAUUGCAAUUCCUUUCUAAAACUCAGUUUUCCUGCUGCUCUGAUGUGCAGCUGGGGAAGAAGUUGCUUUGGUUAGUUACCAGGACAGGUCACAUCCCAGGGCUUCCCACUGUAGUUACAGGGGUUGCUUAUUGGAAGCUCACAGAUGAAAUGUAUUGGUUGUGGAAAUUGACUACAAUUUUAGGUUUAAUGGGACAGACACGUUUGAUGAAACUAUUGCAAUCCACUUCUUCAGAAUUGGUCCCCAAAUGGAGUGCUCUGGGGUCAUACAGGGGUUGAUUUUAUUGCCAUGGCAGUGGCUUUCCCUAGCACACAUCCAAAAUUCAUAAAUGUGUAGGAUGGCCAACAACAACAAUAGCUCUGCAGCAAGGAAUCCCCCUGUUGUAGAGCUUAUGAUCUCCUGAACAAGUUAGGGAUUUUCUCCAUUAGCACUCUCCUCAAAGUUCCUUUUUUAAGGGAGAAUGGGUUGCAGUAGUAUAGCUAGAGAGAGGCCUGCAACAGUCUCAGCUUGACAUGAUAUACUUUCAACUGCAUAUUAUUUAAAAAACAAGAUGGUGAGAUGGUAGGCUUUCCUACUACUGCACGUAAGGCUGUGCAGGCAUACAAUAUUUUAUAAUGUCUUGAAGUGCUUCCCUGGGGUGUGCCUCUUGGAAUUCAGUCGUAGCUUGCAGGGUCCAUGUGGCAAUGGAUGCACUUUGCAAUGCUUCUCCUUAUCCCUGCAGGGCUAGCAGGGCAGGGUUUGCUCCAGAAUUAUUACAAAGGAUGUGUAUUCCACUGUGUUCAAACGUUGCACUUAUUUCAUUUGAAAUGAAAGUAAAUAAACUUCUAAGCAGUAUCACAAGUGAAUACAGGCAGAGCUAGCACAAGAUUUCUGUUUAACAUCUUAUUGAAUGUUGUUACCGUGUCACCCAAAAAUACUUUGGAAGAUGAUAUCGUUAUGCAGCUGACAAGCUAUAAAUUCUCUCAGGCAGUUCUGUGAAUGUAUGAUCUUCCCAAGAGCUUUUCAUUUUAAGCAAAUGCAUAAAGUAAAACAAGUUAGGAUGUAUUUUUAGCUAUCUAGGAGUUGAUGCAUAACUUUGGGCUUACUUUUGUGUGUGUGCUUAAUCUUUAAUGAAUGAAGGCUAAUCAAUAAGAAGAAUGUAUUUCACUCUAAUCAGGGAUGUCCUCUCCACAUAACAGAAAAAGAAAAGGAAAAUAGUAAACUUAAAUUAGUAGAGAAAAAGCCAAUAUUUAUGUUCAGUGUCAGCAUACUUAUUAGGAUGGUUAACCUAUUUUUGCCAUUUAUAUUCUUUGAAUUAUUCUGCUGCAAACCAGGCUGGGUUGGUUUUUUUUUAUUUGCUUGUUUUGUCAUCUUUUGAGACCAUGGAUAACGCUAUUUUAGUGAGCUCAGUGAGUAAAAUGAAGGCUGUGACUCAAAAGCCUCCCUGUGGUACUGGCAGAAAGGGAAGAGCUGAAAGCAAGGGGUGCUAUGAUGGUAAAUGAUAUCACAGUAGCAAGAAAAAUCACAUUUGCAAUAUAAAAUAGGCACACAUAUCAAAGAACAUUAUAAUGCCUCAAGCUUUAUCUGUACUCAGGUGUGAAAAACAGAAUGUUGUCUCUUGUAGUUUUCCCUCUUCUCUGGUAAAUCAGAAGUGUCAGGGAUAAAGCCCAUAAUCAGAUUUGGUUGUGGCUGACAGCUUCUUUGGUGAGCUCCCCCCAGUUUUAUAACCCUAAUUAUGCUCUGUGGUGUCUGCUCAGGCUAAACUCCCAGCAAAAUGAAAAGGAAUGCUGCAUGACAAAGGAUACCUCAUACUAAAUAUCCCGACUUUGUACUGCUUCCAGAACCUGAUGUAAGAUGUUAUAUUUAGCCAGUGCAUGACUUGCUGAUGUAUUUCCGGUGACAUGACAUUCAUGAGAACGAUAAUGACUCUAAAUACAUUUAAAACAUGAACAGGAAUGGGAUUAAAGACUGUUACCGUAAUGUAUGUUCUUGCAGCAUUUAUGCCUUGGUGACCCCCCCAAGUCUGCUGAAGAAAUCUUAUGGAGGAAAAGCAAACCUCCCUAAUCUCCCUUCGUUUAAAGCUGAAUGCAAUCCUUGCUUCUUUGUCCAAGCCUGCCCACAGUAGUGCUCUCAUUCUGACUGAUUCAUGCAGAAAAUGAAGAACAGGAGACUUUUUGUCCCUAUUUGUAUGGUUAGAGGAAGAUGGGGAGGGAGAGGUAGGGCGGAAGGGUGGACGUAUGACCAUUUUCUUUGGAGGUGUUCUCAUAAUACUCUUAUUCUGACAAAUGUUUGUGACUGUGCUCAGUCAUGGGCCUGGGUACAGUCAAUAAGUAAGGGCUGAACAGGAACAAUGAAACAUUCAUGUGUGUUGUGAGAGCUGGGGCAGUAGGAGGUGGUAAACGUGGCAGGAUCUGAGCAAGGUGUUAAUCAUGUGCCUCGGGAGAUUUGCCCAAGUAUAGAAAUGGGGAUUAAGUGUGUUGUCUUAUCAGAAAACUUGAAGAGCAGCCAUGAGCUUCUGUCAGACUUACUUUACAAAAGCAGAACAAGAAUUUGUAAGCACAGAAAGUGAUGCCGCUCUUCUUUUUUCCUCCGGUAUGUUCAAGGGAACUGUUUCUUGAAUAAAUAGGCUUAUGCCAAAGAUGCACCUAAGUCCUACACGAGUGUCCUCCUGAUAGAUACAUUGCAGGAAGACUCUAAAUACCAGCUGUUUGCCUGAACCAUGAAUAACAAUGUAAUGCAGCAUGAUAUAUCAAAAUGUACAUGGGAACUACCUAUUGUGAAGCUUGGCACAGGACUGAGUAUCUCCUGGAAAACUAACUUAUGUGUGCUAGCUAAAGAUGUUCGUCUAUACCGUUCGUUCUGCUGAGUUUGGAUCAGAACAUUUUAUAUAACGUUUAAGCUGUAGCCAGUGCUUCAUUAUCUGUGUAUGUUGUGUCAAACUGAUUCAGAUCUAUUAACAGUCCCUGACAUAAGUAGAUUCGUUUUAAAAUCAUUUUUUAGUAGAUGACUUAUUUGUGUAUUAUUUCUAACUGCAUAUCUACUAUUGCCCAGUUACGCUGUUCUUCAGGGUGCAAGAUGGACUUGUUCCUCCCAAGCAUAACCUUCCAAAAACCUUGCCAAUGCCUUCAUGUCUUGCUUAACCUCCUUAAGGACAUUUAAAUUCCAAAAUGUUAUGUAUGUUUCAUGUUAUUUUAAAAUCGCUUCAUCUUGUAAUGUUCUUAUUGAAUCACUGAACAGAUAGGAAUUUAUUUCUGUGCAGUUUUGUGUGCUACACGUCCACAGAAAUUUUAUGACAUUAAACCAUUUUCAAUGUUAAAUAAUUAUAUAUCUCAUUCUUUACUCAGGAGGAGUCAAAUGAAGACUGCAUAUUUCAAUAUGACAUCUACAAAUUGUCAGGCUGCUGGCUAGUAUCAGGAUGAAGCUGUGGUAAAAGGCAAGUCUUCUACCAACCAUACAGUGCUUCUGAAGAAAAUGAGCCGUCAGACUGCUACAGCACUACCUACAGGUACUUCAAAGUGUACGCCAUCACAGAGGGUGCCUGCGCUGACGGGCACUACAGCUUCCAAUAAUGACUUGGCUAGUCUCUUUGAGUGUCCUGUCUGUUUUGACUAUGUGCUGCCACCAAUUCUUCAGUGUCAGAGUGGCCACCUUGUCUGUAGCAACUGUCGCCCCAAACUUACGUGCUGUCCAACUUGCCGAGGCCCGCUGGGCUCCAUUCGUAACCUGGCUAUGGAGAAAGUUGCCAAUUCUGUACUGUUCCCAUGUAAAUAUGCCUCUUCUGGAUGUGAGAUAACUCUGCCACACACAGAAAAAGCAGACCAUGAGGAGCUAUGUGAGUUUAGGCCUUAUUCCUGUCCAUGUCCUGGUGCUUCGUGUAAAUGGCAAGGUUCUCUGGAUGCUGUAAUGCCACAUCUGAUGCAUCAACAUAAGUCAAUUACAACACUUCAGGGAGAAGAUAUAGUGUUCCUUGCGACAGACAUUAAUCUUCCUGGUGCUGUUGACUGGGUUAUGAUGCAGUCUUGUUUUGGCUUUCAUUUCAUGUUAGUAUUGGAGAAACAGGAAAAAUAUGAUGGUCACCAGCAGUUCUUUGCGAUUGUACAGCUGAUAGGAACACGGAAGCAAGCAGAAAACUUUGCUUAUCGACUUGAGUUAAAUGGUCAUAGGCGGCGACUGACUUGGGAAGCAACUCCUCGAUCUAUCCAUGAGGGAAUUGCAACAGCCAUUAUGAAUAGUGACUGUCUAGUCUUUGACACCAGCAUUGCACAGCUCUUUGCAGAAAAUGGCAAUUUAGGCAUCAACGUUACUAUAUCGAUGUGUUGAAAUGGCAAUCAAACCUCUUCAGGCCAGUGUUUAAAACCAUUGCAUUUAAUUUAGCAGAAACUAGGGUAACCAUCGUUCACUGUCAGACAAAUUAUUUGGUAGAUGGAGGAUAGACAUAUAUGAAGGUAAAUAAAGGAAAGGCUGUUAAAUUACAGGAAGCAGUUGCAUGUAGUAACACUAAUAUAUUUAAAAUAAGUCAACAGUAAACCACUGAAAAUAUAUAUACACCCAAAAUGGGCAUCUUUUGUAUUAAGAAUUGAUUCUACAGGAAAUGUUGUAAAAUAAUUCUAAAAACUUGUUUGUAGAUUGAUUGUACUGUUGAAAAGGAUACUGUUUCGUGUUUUUGUUUGUGUUCUUUUCCUCCCCCUUUGACUGACAAGCCAUGUUGAGCGGUUUGGGCUUUGGCCGCUGCUUCCCGCGCCCCUCCUCCCCCCCUCCUUUGUAAGUCACUACAUAGUAUUGCUGCUGUUUGUGUAUAUUUUUUGUGUAUUUGCUAAUUUUUAUUAACUUCUAGUUUUUUCAUUAAAUAAAUAUGACUUUCUUUUCUGUAAUUCAGGUUUUUCUCUUUUUUUUUUUGUAUCUUUAAAAAUUAACUACAGGUGUCAUUUUUUGAUAUGCAUAAUUGCUAUGGUAAAAUUAAUAUUUCUGUAUGUUUGGUAAAUUUUGUCUCUUUCCAGUAGUCAAUUAAUUGGUGAUACUGUUCUUAAUUGAGCUAUUUUGUGAAUGUACUGAACUUGCAAGGAGUAAUUAUGUUCAAAGAUGUAUCAGGAAAGAAAGCUCCUUUAAAAACAGGUCUAGAUGUUGUUGUACUUUGAGUUAUGAUCUAACAAAAUGAAUUACAAAGAUUUUUCCGCAUCUAAAAAAAAUCACAUUUCAAAUUUAGAGAUGCUUAGAAACUCUAUUGCAUCCUUCUGGUUGUUGGUUUUCCAGUACAAAGAAGGUAUUGUCUUACACAGCAUUUGUAACUAUACAACAGGCCAUUUGUUUAACAACAAAAACACCAAAAAACAAAGAAAGGGCAGUCAGAAUGAGAUGUUUUCAGUCUUUUUACAUUUCUCAUUACGAGAAUACCUGGCAAAUUUAAAAACAAUUUUUUUGCUUUGUGCUUUAGCUCAAAGUUUGACACACUACUGCUCUUGCUCACUUUCUUGUCCUCCUGUCUCUUGGUUGUUACUGAAGUAAUUUUCUUGAACUGAUUUUUGUAUAUUAUUUUGGUGAUAUGAUACACAGUCAAAUGCAAGUGAUCUCUUACAGAUAUGAUUCACCAGCCGUAACAGCUUUUGUAAGAUAUGGGCUUUGUGCAGACUGCCUCUAUGUGAAAAAAAUUAACCAUGAAUGUAUAUGGUAUUUGUGUUACAAAACAGAUGCAGAGAAAGAAAAAGGUGAAAAGCUGUUUCAUCUCAAGCUAUCUAAAGGAAAUCUUUGUCAAACCUAGUAGGAUUGGACAUCUGUUUGGAGAGGUAGCCUGACUUAAUUCCUUUUGUAACACAUUAAAAUACGGUUUAUUUACUGUG